ACAUGAGGUUUUGUAAUGAAAUCUCCUUGCUGUUUUUUUCCAAUACAUAAUAGGAAACUUUUUCCAUUACCAAAAACCAAAUCUUUGCACCUAUCCGGUUUAAUUGACUCAUACACAGCUCGAUCAAACAGAGAAGACCUCUAAAGGAGAUAAAAAAGGUGCGCAUCCAGGGAAUCGAACCCUGGUCAGUACCGUGGGAGGGUACUAUGAUACCACUACACCAGAUGCGCUUUUGUCUAGCUGAGAUGUAAACAAUAAUUUGUUAUUUCAGAUAAGCGUAUGUCGUUGUGUUCGAGUGUUAUUUGUUUUGUCAUCUUCCAGAGUCGAUAAGUCCUUUUUGCUAGACCAUUUGCAAAAUCAGUGAGGUUUUUAUUCAUUUAAAAUAAAAAGUCAAACCAAAUCAGCACUAAAACGGAACCAGAAAUUUUAGCUAUAUACAACUACAUUACAAAGACGAUCGACGAACCAGAGAAGUAGCUUUUCAGCUGAGUAAAUAUCUUGAGGAUAAAACAUUAGUUGUAACAUUGAGAAAACCAGAGUUUUGGCGAGGAUGUUUCAUGAUGAGGGGCAUUAUAUCAUUUGCUGUCUCAGAUGGUAAUUAAAUAAUUUUAUUGAUAGAACUAUAAAACAAAUUAGGGUUUAAGCUUGUAAUAUCAUUCUCAUUAUAAUUUAUACAGGUGUGUUGUGGGCCGUGUGGUGAUUAACUAGUCCUAUUUUUAUCACUACGAUGUCUAUGUGUUUAAGAAAAUAAACAAACUCAAAAGAUUUUUUAAAAGACAGGCCAUAUUAUGUUUUUUUUUUGUAAACUAGGAUAUAUUAUGCUAUUACGAUUAUAAUGUAGAUUACAUAUGCAUAACUUUACAAACGACAAUUCUACAUGAAGAUUCUCACCUCGGACAAUUUUUCUUGGCCAAAACUGAGAUAUUCGCUUUCCUUGUUUGAUACAAACUGGGCCGUUAAAAUUACCGUUUCUUUGUUUUCGUUAACCGAAAACGGUAAGUUGUUGAUGGGGAGAUCAAACACAAAUAGACGGUUUGGACGCAUUUUAAGCAUUAAGCUCAUGUAAAUGGCGAAUCAUAACUAGGAUGCCAACAAAUAAGAGACGCUAACUAAUUUCUUGUUUGGGAUUAAUAACGGCCUGUUUUUUUUUGUAAAAAAAAAACUAUAAAUUGAUAUGUCCAUGUUUACUUCCUUUUCAGGAUUUAGAAUAAUCACUAUAUUUUUCAGAAAAAUUAAUAUUCUCAAUUCACUAUGAUCAAGAGAGGGUAUCCAUCAAUGGCGGCGACAAUAUACGGCGUCAGGAGCUUUUUCUUGUUGGCGGCCAUUGUGAUAUUGUUGUCCGGUCGUUCUGGAGGCGCCACCGCAGCCACCAGAGGUUACAUUAAGUACAAAGAUCCAAAAGCGGCGGUUGAGGAGAGAGUAGAGGAUUUGCUAACACGAAUGACAUUACCUGAGAAACUUGGUCAAAUGUGUCAAGUUGAUCGGUUCAACUUCUCAUUUUAUCCCCCGGCCACGCGCCACGAAAUCUUCACAAAGUACCUGAUCGGAAGCGUUUUGAGCAAUCCGUAUGAUACUGGGGCUAGUCCAUCAAAGCGGGUCGUCGAAGCGAACACCAUGCAGAAAUUGAGUCUUUCGACGAGGCUUGGAAUCCCUUUGCUUUACGCCAUUGAUGCGGUUCAUGGCCACAACACUUUUAUCAAUGCCACCAUCUUCCCUCACAACGUCGGUCUUGGUGCCACUAGGGAUCCUGAUCUUGUCAAAAAGAUUGGAGCUAUAACUGCGCUUGAAGUAAGAGCUACCGGAAUCGCACAAGCUUUUGCGCCUUGUGUUGCGGUUUGCAGAGAUCCUAGAUGGGGAAGGUGUUAUGAGAGCUAUAGUGAAGAUCCCAAAGUGGUGACUAUGAUGACCGAAAGUAUCAUGGAGGGAUUACAAGGAAAUGCUCCUUACGUCGCUGACUUCAAGACUAAACUGGCUGGUUGCGCCAAACAUUUUGUUGGGGAUGGAGGAACGGUAGGUGGAAUCAAUGAGAAUAACACUGUGGCUGAUAACGCUACUCUCUUUGGUAUCCAUAUGCCUCCGUUUGAGAUAGCCGUAAAGAAAGGGAUCGCAUCAAUCAUGGCUUCUUAUUCUAGUCUCAACGGUGUUAAGAUGCAUGCAAACCGGGCAAUGAUCACUGAUUACCUCAAGAACACCCUCAAAUUCCAAGGCUUUGUUAUCUCUGACUGGCUUGGAAUAGAUAGGAUCACAACUCCACCCAGAGCAAAUUACACAUACUCUAUCGAAGCUUCCAUUAAUGCCGGCAUUGACAUGGUUAUGGUUCCAUUUCAAUAUAUAGAGUUCUUGGAAGGAUUGACCAAACUAGUGAACGGUGGAUACAUUCCUAUGAGCCGUAUCGAUGAUGCUGUUCGAAGAGUCUUGAGAGUUAAAUUCUCCAUUGGUCUCUUUGAGAACCCAUUGGCAGAGGAAACUCUUGUCGCCGAGUUUGGAUCUGAGGCGCAUAGAGAAGUAGCGAGAGAGGCGGUGAGGAAAUCAAUGGUGCUUCUAAAGAACGGGAAGACAAACGUAGAUAAAGUUAUUCCUCUCCAGAGAAAUGUGAAAAAGAUCGUUGUUGCUGGAGCACACGCUAACAACAUGGGUUGGCAAUGUGGUGGCUUUACUCUCACUUGGCAAGGAUUCAAUGGAACCGGAGAAAACAUUGGCCGUAACAAAGCCAUGCAACUCCCUACCGGUAAAACCAGAGGAACUACAAUCUUGGAAGCCAUUAUGAAGACUGUCGAUCACACCACUGAAGUUGUCUACGUGGAGGAACCAAACCAAGAUACGUCGAAGCUUCACGCUGACGCAGCAUACACAAUUGUGGUCGUAGGUGAAGCUCCUUACGCAGAGACACAAGGGGACAGCACCACGCUAAGCAUAGCCGCACCAGGUCCAGACACGAUUAGGCAUACGUGUGGUAGUGGUAUGAAAUGCAUAGUGGUCCUAGUCACAGGACGUCCUCUGGUGAUCGAGCCGUACCUUGACACCAUCGACGCUCUUGUAGUCGCUUGGCUUCCAGGAACGGAAGGACAAGGAAUCACUGAUGUCUUGUUUGGUGAUCAUCCCUUCACUGGAACGUUGCCUCGCACGUGGAUGAGGAGUGUGACUCAGCUUCCUAUGAACGUUGGUGACAAGAACUACGACCCGCUCUUCCCCUUCGGAUACGGAAUCAAAACUUAAAUCAAGAACCAAGCCAAACUAUUAUCAUGUAUGUAACUUAUGUGAAAAUGUUCAAUGUGACGCUUUUGAUGCUUUGUCUCCGAUCUGCCUGGCUAUGAAACCUCGUUUGUUUUUUUUGUCAGCUAAUAUGAAUAUGGAAAGACGUUGUCUUCAUGAUUUGAUUGAUAAUCAAUCAAUUUAUGUUGAUUAAAUAAAAUUUCCAAUAGUCACAAGUUUUUUUGGGCAACGCUGUUCAUGAAAUUGAAAGCCAAUCUAGGGAAUCAUCCAAAAGUGUGAUUAGGUCAACGUUUGUCUAUCCUCAUGCUCACCGAAAUACAUAUUCAUUUCAGUGUAAUUUGAAACCCUAAAUAAUUUAACUCGAUACUGGUGUGAUUAUGAAACUGAAAUUAAUCCUGUUCAUAUUGAGAAAAUAGAUAUAGCAUUCUAGAGAAAACUGUAUAUGAAGGAUGGACAUUUUUCGCUACUUUGCCAAUCCCCUAAUCUCUCUUUAGGCCCGGGAUCAACCGGCGCUAAUGACAUAGCGUAAAGCAUCCCUUCCAAUAAUAAUCGAACUAGGGGCACAAUAAAACCUAGCAUCCCUUCCAAUAAGAAUCGAACUAGGGGCACAAUAAAACCUACUCCAAACACUAAACUACUAGUGCAAAGCACCAUUCGUUCGCUACUUUGUUUAUAGGAGAGACAAAAUACUAAACACUAUGAGACUAAAAUGAUGUGCGUACGAGUGCUCAUAGUAUAACAAAGUUUAUUCAUCUAAGUCUUAUUAUAAUCUCAUUGUUAAUGUGGUCGACACUAGACUGAGAUUAUGUACCGACUCAACGGUUUGAGCUAGGCGAAUAUUCCUACGGAAUAACUUGCAUGAUGUUAAUAAAUUCAUUUGUCUUUUCAGAUUUUUUUUUAACUUUUUUUUUGCAUAUUAUCCACUUUUAGAUUAGAUCAAAUAUCCUUUUUAAUUUAUCUUUUGUGGUUUUCUCUAUCAGUACAUUUAAUUGAUCCACAUAUAAAAGUUACUCUUUCCUUCUUUAUCCCCACGGCUUGUUCGUUAGGUUAAGGCCUACGGGUUUAAACUUGAUCAUUGCCGUCUCAUACCUGUAUCGAAAAACGGAUAUGACAAAAAUAUAAACUACGGGUUGGGACUGUGAAGAGAGAACAUGUUCUUCAUAUUCCCUCUUGGUUAUUGCCUUGACUCUCUUUUUGGUUCAAAGCUGAAAUGCGUUUAUUUAUUUUUUUCAUUUUUAAAACUGUUGUCAUAUUUUUUAAAAAAAAUUAUAACGAGAAUAAAAAAUAAAGAAGGAAAAAAUUUUAAAGUUGAAAGUUAAAAAUAAAUAAAGUAAUUUGAAAAAGGAGAAGAAUGAGCUGGCCACUACUCGUAAAGUGUAGCUUCACUGGCUGUUACAUCAUUUAUUUACGACUUUGAGAUGAUUUGGUUUAUUGUAAAACAUCGAAACUUCAUAAAGUUAAACGUUUUAGCUUUUAGAAAUUUACAUCAAAUAAAAUAAAAAUACCAUUUAGAAGACCAUUUACAGCCUACACGUUAAAUACUGUCCAACAUCGAAAUACACUGUUACCAACUCUUGAUCGUCAUUUUUUUUACUUAUGAACUAGGUGAUUUUCCCGUGCUCAUGCACGGGUAUAAAUGUUUUUGAAAUAAAUAUACUAUAAUAAUUGAUUGAUAUUUACUUUUAAUUUUAAAUUAAUUUAUAAUUUGUAAGCAUCAUUUAUAUUUAUAAUAUUAUAUUACUUUAAUAAUACACUAGAUUCAGACCCGCCCUUUCAAAAGGCAGGUAAAAUCUUUUGUUUUAAACUUUUGUUUAGAAAAUUAAUUUUCAUAUUUGUGUUUUCAUUGUUAAAAAGAAGUUAAACAUUGUUCGUAGUGCUGAAUUUUGAACCUGUGCAAGAUUUUAUAUUUAGAAAAUUAAAUAGGUUAAAAUUAUUAGUUUGUGUGUCCAUAAAUUUUGUAUAAACAUAUAAAGUGGACAGUUAAAUACAAACAAUGCAUCAGUUAUAUGUUCUCUACAAUGCAUCCGUCUUAAUUUAUUUUAGUGGCCAUUCAGUUUAGUUUGUUUUUAUUGUGAAUUCAAUAGAAGUGGAAGUUUUAAUAUUCUCGAUAUAUAAUCAUCCACUAAUAUAUGUAUUAGAGUGAAAUGGUUCCCGAGAUUUUUGGGAUUAAAGUGGAGAGUUAAUAAAAAGUAGUUACAGUUAUUUUUAAGUAGAUCACGUGGGAAAAAUGUUGGACUAAACUUAUAUCAAUAGGUCAUGUUUCUAAUUUAAUAGAAUAGAUAUGAUUUUAUAUAUGUUAUAUUUAAUCGGUUUUGUUGUUUUUACAGUCAAUUUAGUCAUCAUUUGCAUAAUUUGGAAUGCAUCUAUGAAUUCAACUAUAAUAUUUUUUAUUCUAAAUAUAUUAAAAUUUUGAUUAAUUUCUUAUUUGCAUUUAGGUGGUUAUUGUCUUAAAUAUAUAAAUAUAUUUUAUGAAUAUUAUGUAUAACUUCAACUAUUUUGUGCUUAGACUAAAAUAAAAUAAAAUAAAAUAAACUAAAGUGUCUGAUUCCAAUUUACAUAAAUUAAUAUAACGAUAAUAUUCUCAA